GCCUGUAAGUCUUUGCAUUCUGGGAAGGGAGAAAUUCAGUCCUGGCCACGUGUUGGAGGGUGUUUAAAUCCUUUUCACAGAGAUAGAGGCAACUCAAGAGAGAGGGGAAGGAGAUGGAAGAGAAGGACCCCGAAGGCCUUGGAACUGGCAAGACAUCCAGGAAACGUCCCCAUCCCUUCCAAGCAGGGAGUGGUGCUGAAUUUUGGGGAAGAGCUGUGCCAGAGAUCUUGGUUCAGGACCCUGUGACCCCAGAUGAACGCAGCCGAUGCUUCCGGCAGUUCUGUUACCAGGAGGCUGAUGGGCCCCGAGAGGUUUGCAGCCGGCUCCACGGACUUUGUAAGGACUGGCUGGAGCCAGAGAGGUGUACCAAGAAGGAGAUGAUGGACCUGGUGAUCCUGGAGCAGUUCCUGGCCAUCCUGCCGCAGGAAGUGCAGGGCUGGGUGAGAGGAUGCGGGCCAGAGAGCAGUUCCCAGGCAGUGGCCCUGGCCGAAGGUUUCCUCCUGAGUCAGGCAGAGGAGAAGAGGCAGGCACAGCAGAUAUGGGAAGGAUCCGUGAAGGUGGAAGCAGAGUUCUCUGAGGCAGAAGGAACUCCGUCAGAGGAAGGCAGUGAAAAGACGUUAUCAAGCCCUUUUCUUUGCAGAGAAGUGGAAACACCUCCUCAACCUCUGGUCCAGUCUCCAUUUUCCUUUGAGGAGGUGGCCAUGUAUUUCACCAUGGCAGAGUGGGGCCUGCUGAAUCCGAGCCAGAAAGCCCUCCACAGGGAAGUCAUGCUGGAGAACUAUGGGAGUGUGGCUUUUCUAGCAGUAGAUAAGGAGGUUGAGGAACUGCAACAUCUAUCACCAGAUAAGGUCAAGAAUGAAGAAGUGAGAAGAAAUAUCAGGAUUCAAGGCAGGCUGAAGAGGCAGGAAGUCAGCCGCAGGGGGAAGGAGAAGAAUAAAUCCAUUCCCUGUCAAGAGGUGGAUUUCCAAGAGGUAAUUUACAUGUUGGAGGAAACAUGCAAGUGCUUGGAGUGUGGAAUGAACUUCUCAGAUCAAACCCAAUAUAAUGCCCAUUUGGGAGUUUACAGUGGUAAGAUGAACCAUCAGUACCUGGAGUGUGGAAAGGCCAUGAUUCACAGAGCAGAGUUCAUUAGACAACUAAGGACACAUGCAGGAGAGAAACCUUAUAGCUGCUCAGACUAUGCCAAGAAUUUCUCAGAGAAAUCAGACCUUAUUCAACGCCGAAGAAUUCCUUCAGGAGAGAAACACUUUAUCUGUUCCAAGAGCAGAAUCAUGUUUUUGGAUGGAAAGAAAUAUAAAAUACCUUUUCCAAAGCACAGCAUAAUGAAAACAUGUAAAUGCUUUCAGUGUGGAAACUGUUUCAAAUACAAAUCUCAGCUCCUUGUGAACCAAAGAAUCCACAGAGGAGAGAAGCCUUUUGAAUACUCAGAGUGUGGGAAGAGAUUCAGCCACAGCGGCGAUCUUCAUAAACAUCAAAGAAUUCACACAGGGGAGAAACCUUUUGAAUGCUCAGAGUGUGGGAAGAAAUUCAGUCACAGAGGCGAUCUUCACAAACAUCAAAGAAUCCACACAGGGGAGAGACCAUUUGAGUGCUCAGAGUGUGGGAAGAGAUUCAGCCAGAGUGGCAAUCUUCACAAACACCAAAGAAUCCACACAGGUGAGAAGCCUUUUGAAUGUUCAGAGUGUGGGAAGAGAUUCAGCCGCAGUGCCCAUCUUCAACAGCAUCACAGAAUCCACAGUGGGGAGAAGCCUUUUGAAUGCUCAGAGUGUGGGAAGAGAUUCAGCCACAGCGGUCAUCUUCAGAAACAUCAAAGAAUUCACACAGGGGAGAAGCCUUUUGUAUGCUCAGAGUGUGGGAAGAGAUUCAGUCAUAAUAGCACUCUUCACAAACAUCAAAGAAUCCACACAGGGGAGAAGCCUUUUGAAUGCUCAGAGUGUGGGAAGAGAUUCAAUCAGAGUACCCAUCUUCAGAAGCAUCAGAGAACCCACACAGGGGAGAGACCAUUUGAGUGCUCAGAGUGUGGGAAGAGAUUCAGCCAGAGUGGCAAUCUUCACAAACACCAAAGAAUCCACACAGGUGAGAAGCCUUUUGAAUGUUCAGAGUGUGGGAAGAGAUUCAGCCGCAGUGCCCAUCUUCAACAGCAUCACAGAACCCACACAGGGGAGAGGCCAUUUGAGUGCUCAGCAUGUGGGAAGAGAUUCAGUCACAGUGGUCAUCUUCAGAAACAUCAAAGAAUUCACACAGGGGAGAAGUCUUUUGAAUGCUCAGAGUGUGGAAAGAGAUUCAGUCACAGUGGUGAUCUUUGCAAACAUCAAAGAACCCACACAGGGGAGAAAGCCUUUUGAAUGUUCAGAGUGUUGGAAGAGAAUCUGAAUUAAUGUAAAUUUGUUGGGCUUGGCCAUUGUGCCAAACAGUGUAAUGUCCAGUACCAGAGACAGAACACAGGCAAACCGUAUUAAUGUUAUUUUUUACUCAGUAUAUAAACAUACUUAAAGAAUUAACAGUU